AGUGGUUCUGCUCUUAGAACUGGAGGACCGGCGGCUUUGCUUAUCGGCUGGAUUCUCGUCGGGACGAUGAUCUACUGUACGGUUCAUGCCUUGGGAGAAUUAGCCGUGGCUUUCCCUGUUGCUGGUGCCUUUUCGUCCUAUAUCACGCGGUUUUUAGACCCUUCUUGGGGGUUUGCGGUGGGUAGUCUCUAUGCCCUCAACUGGUUGUGUACCUUACCCUUGGAACUUGUAGCAGCCUCCAUAACGAUCCGAUACUGGCAAUCAACGGUCAACCCUGCUGCUUUCGUGUGUUUGUUUUAUGCGUUGGUUCUUUUUCUCAACUUGUGUGGUGUAAGGGGCUACGGUGAGUCAGAAUUUAUCUUUUCCUCUAUUAAGGUCAUAGCCGUGAUUGGGUUCAUCUUCCUCGGAAUUAUUUUGAAUUGUGGCGGCGGGCCUCAAGGCGGCUACAUCGGGGGCAAGUUUUGGCACACCCCCGGGGCCUUUGCUCAUGGAUUCAAGGGUGUUUGUUCCGUUUUCGUUACCGCGGCAUUUUCCUUUACCGGCACGGAAAUGGCAGGUUUAGCCGCAGCCGAAACGGAAAACCCGAGGAAGUCUUUACCUUCCGCUAUUAAACAGGUUUUCUGGAGAAUCACAUUGUUCUACAUCGUUUGCCUUACCCUUAUCGGGCUCUUAGUGGGCUACGAUGACCCCCGCUUGAUUGGCUCUUCUGACGUCGAUGCAACCGCAUCUCCUUUUGUUAUUGCGAUCAAAAAUGGAGGCAUCAAGGGGUUGCCUUCGGUGAUGAAUGCAGUGAUCAUGAUAGCUGUUGUUUCCGUGGGAAACUCAGCCAUGUACGGAUCUUCUCGUACGCUAGCAGCGUUGGCGAACCAGGGAAUGCUUCCUAAACAAGUUGGAUAUCUCGACAGAAGCGGCAGACCUCUCGUGGCGAUUGGAAUUGGCGCGGUUUUCGGCCUUCUCUGCUUCGUCUCCGCUUCCGACAAGGAGGCAGAGGUAUUUUCCUGGCUAAUGGGGUUAGCUGGUCUCGCCGCCACAUUCACGUGGAUGUCGAUUUGCUUAUGCCAUCUCCGGUUUAGACAGGCAUUGAGGUACAACAAUCGGAGUACCGAUGAGUUGCCAUUCAAAUCUCAAGCUACGGUCUGGGGAUCGGCGUGGGGGGUUAUUAUGAACCUCGUGACACUUAUCGCACAGUUUUGGGUAGCCUUGUUUCCCUUGGGGUCGAAACCGCUGCCGGCCACGUUCUUCAAGGGAUACAUUGCCCUUCCGAUUGUGUUGGCGUUAUAUGUGGGCCAUAAGAUAUAUAAGAAGAACUGGAUCUUGUAUGUCAAGUUGGAAGACAUUGAUAUUGACUCAGGGAGACGGGACUUGGACUUGGAGGUGUUGAAGCAAGAGAUUGCGGAAGAGGCGUGUUAUAUUUCCAGCAGGCCCUGGUGGUACCGCUGGUAUCGCUACUGGUGUUGAGCAGUAUCGUGUUUGUGCCAUCCGUCUCUGUUAAAAGGAGUCAUCAUUACCAAUUCCGCUUCGACACAUCAUGUUAAUCUGAACAAUAUACA